GCGGGGGCCGUGGCCGGCGCGGCGCGGCGGGGGAUGCGGGUGCCGGCGGGGGUGCGGGAGCGCGUGGCGUCGGUGCACGGCGCCGCGGCGCUGCCCGAGCGCUUGCGGCUGUACGAUGGCUGGGCCGCUCGCUACGAACAGGAUGUGGCGGCGCUGGAGUACCGGGCACCGCACCUGGCCGCCGCUUCGCUCGCCUUCGCCUUCCCCGCGCCGCCCGCCGGGGCGCGGCUGCUUGACGUGGCCUGCGGCACCGGGCUCGUAGCGCGGGAGCUCCACCGCCGCGGCUUCCGCUGCCUGCACGGCGUGGACGGCAGCGACGGGAUGCUGGAGCAGGCGCGGAGCACCGGCCUCUACCGGCAGCUGCGGCGGUGCGUCCUGGGCCGGGAGCCCCUGCCCUCGCCCGCAGAGCACUACGACGCCGUGACGCUGGUGGGGGCCCUGGGCGAGGGGCAGGUGCCGAGCGCGGCCCUGCCGGAGCUGCUCCGCGUCACCAGGCCGGCAGGAGGCUUCCUCUGCCUGACGACGAGGAGCAACCCCUCGAACCUGCGGUACAAGGCGGAGCUCGAGGCAGCGCUGGAGAGGCUGGAGAGGCAGGGAGCCUGGCAGAAGGUGCUGGCCCAGGAGGUGGAGCGCUGGGAGAGGGCCACCUCCGAGGAGGAGAGCCCCCAGGGCACCGACUACAUCUCCGGGGUGGUCUACAUCUACCAGAAAUGCCCUGUGCCCCCCCUCAAGGAGGGCUGAGAGCCGACGCAGCUCUGGGGAGGCGGGCAGUGAGCACUUGGCCCCUUGUAAAACCCAGCCCAGUGACCCCCUCCCAGAGCAGGGCGGCUGCUGGGGGGUGAUGACGUCUUUGGGGAGCAUCCCCAUUCCCUUCCCCAGCUCCUUCCCCCUAAGGUCUCGGCCCUACGGACCUUCCCUGCUCCUCAGCAUGGGGAGGGUCUCCCAGUUUCACCAGGGUCUCCUGGGCAGCACUGUUAGCUCUGACAUUCAGGUGCUGUCCCCGACAAGGCCCUCACCGUGACUUCUCACAGACCCACCUGGCUGUUCAGAGCCACCUCCUGUCCGGGAUGUCUUCUCCCCACCGUGCCCACCUCUCAGCCCUCAUGGUCAAAAUCUGGAUCCUUCUUCAUCUUCCCCACCUCAGACCUCCAUGGUCUUUACCUGGGGACUGUUGGAGGUGGGUCCCCAUUGCCACGUCCUGUGGCCCCCCAACCUUGUUCUUACCGGGAGUUAACCCAGUACACCCUGAGGUGCAGGAAACCUCCGUAUCCAAACCCGGAGCAGCUGUGCCAACAGGACACCCAGCCAGAGAAGCUUUCCAAGCACCACCUCAGUCUUUCAUCCCGCAACACCUGCUUAAGUCUCAUUUUCCUACAGCUUUGUAGUUAAUGGUCUGGGUGGGAAAUGAGGCUGGAAGGGACUUUGGGAGCCAGUGGCUUCUCCUCACCCAGGAGCUGCCUGGCAUUGCCUGCCCAGCCAGUUCCCCAAGCCCCUUGCCAUGCUGCCUCCACCCCUCCUCCUCCACUGCUCCCUUGGGAAGCUUUUUUUACCCAAAUCUCUUGCUGGGAUAUUUCCUUUUUUCCUUUUCUCUUUCCCCAGACCUGUUCCUGCUUGUCCCAUUCCCAUGACCCUGGGGAACAGGUUACUUCCCUCUCCUUGGGAGCUCUUCCCCAGCAGGAGGUGGUGGCUGUGUCUGUCCCCAUCCCCCACUCAGGACAUCCCACAUCUCCCACAUUGACCCUCCCUGUGAUUCUUGUAACUCCUCCACGUUGCCCUCUCAGGUCUUGGGGUCUCUGCCCCGAUCAUGAGUAGCUGCCCCGCUCCCCUCCUGCUGUUUGUCCCCAGCACUGUCCCCUGAGCAGUUGGGGGUCAUGGCUGUCUCCAUCCCUGCACUUGGCUGCUGAAUAAACCACCUGCUUCCAC